GUUUAAUACAUACAGUGUGGGCCAAAAAAUGCCACUUUUUAAAAAAUGUUAUCUUUUUUAAUAUUUGAUCCAAAAUCAUAUUUAUACCCAAGGAAACUUGAGAAUGCAAUCUAGUACAUGUUUACUAAAAUAAAAGAUGUCACCCGCGUCUCACUUAUACAUGUUGCAUGUCAUAAGAAAUUAACAUAAUUUGCAUAAUGUACCUUUAACUGAUGCUGCCUGAUGACCAUCCCGCCAUUAGUCAUGAUGUUAAGCCCUAUGAUCAUAGAAGAUGGGCAAUGAAAAGUUGGAAGAAACUUAGCCAACGUUUCAUUGAAAAUGCUAUAUCAGCAUGGGGACCAAAACUAAAACUAUCAUCAAAAAAUGUACUCAUUCCAUUAGCCUACUUUAUUAAUCAGGACCACUGGCUCUAUAUAAUUGCAAAGUUGUGUGUAUGCAGGCUGGGUAAUAAAAAAGUUAUAGCAUUUUUUGUAAAAGUGGCAUUUUUGGCUCACCCUGUUGUUCUGUUGUUUGAUGAAAUCAUCCCAAAACCAGUACAAAUAGUCAUACAUGUAAUUGCAUGAAGUGCAUAUAAUUUACAUUCCAAUUCGUUUGUUGUUUUUCAGUCAACAGCAAAGAUGAAUGGUACAGAUUCCUGGAUUGAGUUACCAUUAUGGAAAUAAACUUGAUUUACAGAUGACACAAGAACAAAGAAAUUUAUUUGGAAACCAAGGCAUAAUGCCUUUGAAAGGAGAUUGAAGGAACAUCAUUUAAUUGACAAGAUACCUGGUUCUGUACAUAACCUAAUGAGCCUGAAGUUUAAAGUGAAUGUGAAAAUAAA